GCCCAUUGUUUUUAUAAUCUCUAAGGGGAAGAAGAAGCAAACAUUUGCCAGUCAGACAAGUGACAGGGAAUGGAUUCUAAACACCAGUGUGUGAAGCUAAAUGAUGGCCACUUCAUGCCUGUAUUGGGAUUUGGCACCUAUGCACCUCCAGAGGUUCCGAGAAGUAAAGCUUUGGAGGUCACAAAAUUAGCAAUAGAAGCCGGGUUCCGCCAUAUUGAUUCUGCUCAUUUAUACAAUAAUGAGGAGCAGGUUGGACUGGCCAUCCGAAGCAAGAUUGCAGAUGGCAGUGUGAAGAGAGAAGACAUAUUCUACACUUCAAAGCUUUGGUCCACUUUUCAUCGACCAGAGUUGGUCCGACCAGCCUUGGAAAACUCGCUGAAAAAAGCUCAAUUGGACUAUGUUGACCUCUAUCUUAUUCAUUCUCCAAUGUCUCUAAAGCCAGGUGAGGAACUUUCACCAAGAGAUGAAAAUGGAAAAGUAAUAUUUGACAUAGUGGAUCUCUGUACCACCUGGGAGGCCAUGGAGAAGUGUAAGGAUGCAGGAUUGGCCAAGUCCAUCGGGGUGUCCAACUUCAACCGCAGGCAGCUGGAGAUGAUCCUCAACAAGCCAGGACUCAAGUACAAGCCCGUCUGCAACCAGGUAGAAUGUCAUCCAUAUUUCAACCGGAGUAAAUUGCUAGAUUUCUGCAAGUCGAAAGAUAUUGUUCUAGUUGCCUAUAGUGCUCUGGGAUCUCAACGAGACAAACGAUGGGUGGACCCGAACUCCCCGGUUCUCUUGGAGGACCCCGUCCUUUGUGCCUUGGCAAAAAAGCACAAGCGGACCCCAGCCCUGAUUGCCCUGCGCUACCAGCUGCAGCGUGGGGUUGUGGUCCUGGCCAAGAGCUACAAUGAGCAGCGGAUCAGAGAGAAUGUCCAGGUUUUUGAAUUCCAGUUGACUGCAGAGGACAUGAAAGCCAUAGAUGGCCUAAACAGAAAUCUCCACUAUUUUAACACUGAUAGUCUUGCUAGCCACCCUAAUUAUCCAUAUUCAGAUGAAUAUUAACAUGGAGGGCUUUGCCUGAUGUCUACCAGAAGCCCUGUGUGUGGAUGGUGAUGCAGAGGACGUCUCUAUGACGGUGACCGGACACAUCACCUCUACUUAAAUCUGUCCUGCUGAGCGACUUCAGUCAACUAGAGCUAAGUCCAUAGGCCAGAAAGACAAUAAAUUUUUAUCAUUUUGAAAUAA